AUGACAGCACCUCCAGACACCAGCACGGAGUCUCCUCGGAGGGCAGCUGUUAAACCACGGAAGACACUCAGAGAAUUAUUUUUGCAUCGCCUUCCUCACUAUAAUGGGCCGUACAAUGUUGGAUAUAUGGAUAUCGAAGUCCCAGUUCGCGAACCACGGCCCGUAUCCAAUCUCAAAAGAAAUGGAAAGCCAGUACUUCGACUAGAUACCGUCCUCAUGGGAAUAUACUAUCCAUGCGACUUACAAUCUCACAAUGGCGCCGAAAAGCCCCACCGUGUCGACUGGAUGCCACGACCACGAGCCGCAACUGCCAAAGGCUACGCCAAGUAUUUGCAUAUUCCAGCACUUCCAGUCACUGCUUACCUUGCCUGCACCUCUUUAUUCACGAAACUGCCUGCAUUUCGAAACGCUAAAAUGGCUGCCCACUGGCCGGAAGACACGCGUAAAGACAAUGGUCCGACCGGACAGAAAGCCCGAGAAGAAGAAGAGGAUCCGACAAGUCGGCCGAGAUUCCCCGUUAUAAUAUUUAGCCAUGGACUUGGCGGCUCACGGCUUUGCUAUAGUUCAAUAUGUGGAGAGCUGGCGAGCUACGGAUUUGUCGUUGUAGCGAUAGAGCAUCGGGAUGGCAGUGGUGCCAGGACAUACGUCAGUCUUCCGAGCAAUGUUGAGGCCGCCGCUAUCGAAUCAUCAACUGCCGAAUUACACACCAAUAACGAUGGAAAUGAACAUGCCGGGGAUAAAAAAGUGCAACGUCAGAGGAAAAAGGGAUUGAAUCCAUAUUAUGUGAUGGAUUAUAUACUGCCCAAAGAUAAUGCACAGGACACUUCUCCACACAACCGCAGAGGUGUCGAUCGUAUCUUGAGGUCAGCCCAGAUUGAACUACGACAAGAAGAAGUCAAAGAAGCCUUUUAUAUUCUCGAAUUAUUAAACUCUGGGCACGGUAGCGACAUUGCGUCCGUGAACCUCAGAAAGAAAGGAAACAUAGGCUCUAGUUCUAUGGGACUUAACGGCGUCGAUUGGGACGACUGGAAGAAUAGGAUGUUCCUCAGCAAAGUCACCAUGAUGGGGCACUCAUUCGGAGGCGCAACGACUGUUCAGAUUUGUCGAGAUGACUCUCUUACAUGGCUGGGCCAAGGCAUUGUUCUUGAUGCAUGGGGCCAAGCAACGCCCUCAGGCGGAGAGACCUUGAAAGAAAGAAUCACCAAGCCCAUCAUAUCGAUUUCAUCCGAAGUUUUUAUGCACUGGAAAGAAAAUUUCGAGAAAGUUGUCGAGUUUAGUAACGAAGCCCGUGACUCGGGGACUCUGUGUUGGAUGCUCACACUAGUUGGAUCGACUCAUCUAGCAAUGACUGAUCUUGCCGUGCUCUACCCACAAUGGAUGUCGAUACUGAUGAAGUCUAUGGUUGAUCCGCUACGAGCAGUUUCCCUCACUACAACAGCAUCGCUGGAGUUCUUGAAGAUCAUCUUACCUCCAGAACAAACCAAGUAUAGCAUGUGGGCAGAUGAGAAGCUGCUACAAUCUGCAGAACCUCCUUCAGAGCCCGAGGAGAGUCUUCGAACUGACCACGCUCCCGAUCACAAAUGGGUGGCUGUACGAUUGAAGAUACCAAACGAAUUUGCAGUACGAUUGCGGGUGUGGAUUCGACGAACUUGGCGGUUUCUUAUUUGUGCUGGGCGAGAAGUCGCUGAUCUCAAUGGUGGGCUUCAUGACUAUGGGCUGAAAGACGAGAUUUGGACUCACAUGUGUCCCACUCACGAGGCAGUGGAAGAACAUGUGAAACAAUAUCGAUAA